UCAGUCAGUCUCGGAGCUGGCUCGAGUGCAAAAUUGGUUGGUGUCUGUACGGACGGAGCCCCCAGCAUGCUCGGCUCCAGGUCAGGAUUUAUGGCACUGGUGAAGAAGAAGAACCCAGACAUCAUUACAACACACUGCCUGAUCCACCGUGAGGCUCUUGCCUCCAAGACGCUUCCUGCUCCUCUCAAAGCUACCUUGGAAACAGUGAUCCGCAUCGUCAACCAUAUCAAAGGAGGGCACUCAACACCAGGCUGUUUCGUAGGUUGUGCCAAGACAUGGAUUCUGCUCACCAAGAUCUACUCUUCUACACAUCUGUUCGUUGGCUGUCAAAGGGUAAUGUUCUCGCCCGUGUAUUUGAACUCUUUGAUGAAUUGCUGAUAUUUCUGGCAGCUCAAGGGAAGAAAACGGAUCAGCUGUUAAAUGACAUUCAGGGGCCAUUUAAGUGUAGUCUUGCCUACUUGGCAGAUGUUUUUGAAGCUUUGAAUGGACUCAACCGGCAACUA